AUGGGUUGUUGCCUGAGCACCCCAGCAUUCUAUCACCCCGACCUGCUCGCAGUUCUUCAAGUUCAGGGGAAACACGACUUCACGUCCUGGCGCAUCGCCCCCCUGCUGAAAACCCAUGCGCCGUCGCCUCUCUACAUGCGUGCCCGUGACCCAGAUUGGUCGAGAAACUCACCCGUGGCGAUCGAGCUUGUAGAUAUCUUGAACGGCGCACUGAAGGACAUGGGGGGGUGGCCCAUUUGUGAAACGAUCCGAUGCUGGUCUGCUAUACGCUUCCCGGUGGGUUGCACACCGCCGAAAAUGGUAGAGGCAUUUGAGAAAGUUUGUUAG